AUGAAGAAGCAGACACAACAACCAAGACGAAGAAGCAGACGCAACAGCCAAGACGAAUUCUCAACAGCCAAGACAGAAGAAGAAGACGCAACAACUAAAACAGCGAAGCGAAGACGAAGGCGAAGACUCAAGAGCGAAGACGAAGACUCAAGAGCGAAGACGAAGACUCAAGAGCGAAGACGAAGACUCAAGAGCGAAGACGAAGACUCAAGAGCGAAGACGAAGACUCAAGAGCGAAGACAGACCCAAGAGCGAAGACGAAGACCCAAGAGCGAAGACGAAGACCCAAGAGCGAAGACGAAGACCCAAGAGCGAAGACGAAGACCCAAGAGCGAAGACGAAGACCCAAGAGCGAAGACGAAGACCCAAGAGCGAAGACGAAGACCCAAGAGCGAAGACGAAGACCCAAGAGCGAAGACGAAGACCCAAGAGCGAAGACGAAGACCCAAGAGCGAAGACGAAGACCCAAGAGCGAAGACGAAGAUUCAAGAGCGAAGGCGAACACGAAACAGCCAAGACGAAGAAGGAGACGCAACGGCCAAGACGAAGAAGCAGACGCAACAGCCAAGACGAAGAAGCAGAGACAACAACCAAGACGAAGAAGCAGACGCAACAGCCAAGACGAAUUCUCAACAGCCAAGACAGAAGAAGAAGACGCAACAACUAAAACGUUCAACAAGACUCAACAGCCCAGACGUACUACAAGACGCAAGAGCGAAGACGAAGACUCAAGAGCGAAGACGAAGACUCAAGAGCGAAGACGAAGACUCAAGAGCGAAGACGAAGACUCAAGAGCGAAGACGAAGAUUCAAGAGCGAAGACGAAGACCCAAGAGCGAAGACGAAGACUCAAGAGCGAAGACGAAGACCCAAGAGCGAAGACGAAGACUCAAGAGCGAAGACGAAGAUUCAAGAGCGAAGACGAAGACUCAAGAGCGAAGACGAAGACUCAAGAGCGAAGACGAAGACUCAAGAGCGAAGACGAAGAUUCAAGAGCGAAGACGAAGACGUCAAGAGCGAAGACGAAGACUCAAGAGCGAAGACGAAGACUCAAGAGCGAAGACGAAGACUCAAGAGCGAAGACGAAGACUCAAGAGCGAAGACGAAGACUCAAGAGCGAAGUCGAAGACUCAAGAGCGAAGUCGAAGACUCAAGAGCGAAGACGAAGAUUCAAGAGGAGCGAAGACGAAGACUCAAGAGGAGCGAAGACGAAGACUCAAGAGAGCGAGCGAAGACGAAGGCGAAGACUCAAGAGGAGCGAAGACGAAGACUCAAGAGGAGCGAAGACGAAGACUCAAGAGGAGCGAAGACGAAGACUCAAGAGGAGCGAAGACGAAGACUCAAGAGGAGCGAAGACGAAGACUCAAGAGGAGCGAAGACGAAGACUCAAGAGGAGCGAAGACGAAGACUCAAGAGGAGCGGAGACGAAGACUCAAGAGGAGCGAAGACGAAGACUCAAGAGGAGCGAAGACGAAGACUCAAGAAGAGCGAAGACGAAGAAGAUUCAAGAGCGAAGACGAAGAUUAAAGACAAGAUACUGGGUGAAGAUGCAACAUUCGGGACGGAUGAAGUCUUUUUGUUGUCCCUUCGGAUGAGUCUACAUGCGACGGCGGCCAUCUUGGCUGCGUUAUGGUACGUGGGCACACGGCUAGCUGCGAAAUUGAUGGCGAAUGUCGAGCCCGUCCAUCUCGCCGGGCGUCGUCGAGCCCGUGCUUCACGGCGGCGGUCGAGCUCAUCCAUCCCGGCGAGCGUCGAGCCCGUGCUUCACGACAGCGGUCGAGCCCGUCCGUCCCGGUGGGCGUCGAGCCGUGCUUCCCGGCAGCGGUCUAGACCGUCCAUCCCGGUGGGCGCGGAUCCUCUUCUUCUCCGGUUGGCAUUGAGCCUGUCUGGUCUUGGCGGACACCCUACCGUUUCGUCCGUCCAAUCCUUCCAGUGGACGUCGAACUUCUACCUUCACAGUGAACAUCGAGAAUCAAACUUCCCAGCAGAAGUCGAGCCUCUACUCUCCCAGCGGGUGAUAAGCUCGUCCUGC